UCACUAUUUGCUGGUCGAACAAUGAGCGAUUCAAUUCGUUCUUUGUUACAUUUGUCGGUGCUUAGUUGGUGCAUUUACGUUUCACUAGCGGCUGGUAUUGCUGAAAAAAAAUGCACCGAAUACCGUCAGCUACGGUUAGUGGCAAAGCCUUUGGUAAGAUACACCACCUGUUCGAAUGGCACACCCCAGGAAGCUAGAUCGGCGCAAUCCGGAGAGUUUCCACACUACGCACUGCUCGGAUGGUUCCGGGCGAACAGUACGGACCGAUUGAACUUCCGCUGUGGAGGAGCACUGAUCAGUGAACGAUUCGUGCUGACGGCAGCGCACUGUCUCAAGAGGGGACGUCCGGAUGUGGUCAGACUGGGUAGUAUAAGCAGUGAUGCAGAUUUCAACAAUCAGACGGACUUUCCGGUGGAGUCAGUUCAGAGGCAUGAAAAGCACAGAAUGGACAAAUCCUAUCACGACAUCGCAUUGAUCAAGUUGGAGAGAGAUGUAGCGUUCAGCUAUACGAUUCGACCUGCAUGUGUGUGGACGGAACUGAAAUUGAAUGACUCCACGGUGAUUUCCUCGGGUUUUGGAACAACCGACCCGGAAGCAAAUGGACCUUCAAAAACGAUGCAAAAAACCAGCCUCGACCUGCUGGACAAACAGUCCUGCCAGGCCCAGUUCAGCGGCGAUCGAAAGCUGUUCCGAGGCAUCGCGAGUGAUCAGCUGUGCGUGGGAAGUGUCGCCCAUCGUGGCGAUGCUUGCCGAGGAGAUUCCGGAGGCCCGCUGGUUGUGCGAACCGAUCGCAGCGGCUGUUUGGCCCACGUGGUGGCACUUUCCUCGAGUGGAACGGCCUGCGGUGUAGGCAACUCGGCGGCGGUGAGCACACGGGUCGCGGCGUACCGCGACUGGAUCGAAAAGAUUGUGUGGCCGAUCACGGAAGGGGCAGAGAACUGAAGGAGGAUUUUAAUCAUACAAAUUCGAUCUAAACGUGGGCACUACUUGCCGCCACAACUCGCUCACUGUGGAUAUAAAAAAAAAUCAUGAGUAAUUUUAAUCAAAACAUGGUUAAGCUCCCCUUCGGUUCCGUUAACCAUGCUCAUAAAUCAAACUCAAUUCCUGGCUUUAAGAAACAAAGAUUUUUAUGCUUAAAUCAUCAGUUGGUGAUUUCUAUCACUACAACAUUCAACAAAACAAACAAAUCCAAAC